AUGAAUUUCUUAUCCUAUCAUCAUGAUCAACAACAACCAAAGACGAAGCAGCAACAUCAAGUGCCUCCAUUAACUGUUCCUCAUAAUGCGCUAGUCUAUGGAAAACCAUUAUCAUCAUCAUCUGUCCCUUCUCAACAACAGCUUGUGUUUGAUCCCAAAAUACUGGCAAACACCACCCAACAAGGUUCUCUGCGAACCUCUCCGAGUAGCUCUUCUUUCAAUGUCCCAUCCUCAUCAUUAGCGCAAAUCAGAUCCUCUACUCCGCCUUUGGAAGCCUCUCGCCUUUCUUCUGCAUUCAACCUGUACUCAAGACCCUUGAACGCAACUGCCCAGCCUCAAACACCUUCAUGGAGAGCAGAACUAGUAGAAGAGACGAUGGAGGACUUGCUUAUGGAAGGUUAUUCACGUUUUAGAAGCAUAGAAGAAUUCAAUAUCAACAUGCUGUUAACAAACUUAAGCUCGAACUGCAUUGAGGUAAAACAACAAAAUCCAUUAAGCACCUAUCAAAGUCUAUCGGGACUUAACAAACCAUCUCUUACUUCUGGUGACCCCUGGUUACAUCAACCUCAACAAGUGGUUACGACUCCAAUGCCAACUUCAAUAGAAAACUCAUCAUCUGACACAAAUUCCUUCACCCAAUUGUUGCUGGGAAACAAUAUACCAACUUCCUGCAGCUCGCUUUUGAGUAAACCUACUCCAAGGGUGCAGUUGCUUCCUCCUGCUGCACUGCCCUCUCACACAGGUUCAAAUGAGAUUGAGUCAACAAAAGUUGCCUCUUCUUCAAGCCCCCCACAAAACACCAAGCCUAAGGUCACAAAAACAAAGGAAAAGAAAAAACGGCCGACCAAGUCUAAAAAAGAAAACUCAGAGAACGACCCAACUGCACCACCCAAAGAGAAGAAAAGGAAAUCUUCACAAUUUUCUUCAUCUCUUAUCAAUUUUCAAGCAACCAAAGCUAAAAAAGACGUACAAUUUCAUAAUUAUAAUCCUCCAAAUAUAAAUACGGAAUAA